AUGGGUUCCUUUGAGCUGCUGACGAAGUUCGACUUCGAGUACGCUCCCUCCAGCCUGAAGAAAUGGAGAUCUAAGCGCACAGGGCUACAGGCUGUUCUGAUCUCGAAGGACACACCCGUUGUUCACGGCCAUUUCGCAGUGGCUACUGAGGUGGAGGAUGAUUCUGGUACACCACAUACGCUGGAGCACCUGGUGUUCAUGGGCUCGGCUAAGUACCCCUACAAGGGCCUGUUGGACACGCUGGGGAACGUGAUGUUCUCAAACACGAAUGCGUGGACUGCUACUGACCAGACGGUGUAUACGCUCACCACUGCAGGCUGGGACGGGUUCAAGACCUUGUUGCCUGUCUAUCUGGACCAUGUGAUCAAUCCUACGCUGACUGAUGAAGCGUGCUACACCGAGGUGUACCACGUGGACGGUGAGGCCAAAGAGAAGGGCGUUGUGUUCUCUGAGAUGCAAGGCAUCCAGAACCAACCGUGGUUCCAGACUGCACUGGCAUCACAGAGGGCAUUGUUCGAUUCCAAGAGCGGAUACAGCUCUGAGACUGGUGGCCUGAUGGAGAACCUGAGAGUGCUGGACAAUGCAACGAUCAGGGAGUUCCAUGAGAGCAGCUACAGGGCAAGCAACCUGUGUGUCAUUGUCAGCGGUGUCGUUGAUGAAGAUGAGUUUCUUCGUAUCAUGGAGGACUUUGACAGUGAGCUUCCACCUGCAGAGGACAGCAAGAGGCCGUUUGUCGACUCCAAGGCCCAGAUCGCCAGACUUGACAAGGAGGUGGUCAAGGAGAUUGAGUUCUCUGAGAAGGACGAAUCCUACGGCGAAGUCAACUUCUCCUGGGUUGGACCGGAGUACUAUAAGAACGACGAGGAUUUGGCAAUCACGUUGCUGUUGGAAUACCUGUGUGACUCGUCGAUUGCCAUACUGACCAAGACCCUCGUUGAGAUUGACGACCCUUGGUCGAGCUACCUCGAGUACAACACGGACGAUUUCACCUUCAUCAUUGCGAACAUCAAGCUCAACGACGUUCCAACUGACAAGCUACCGCUUGUCAAGGAGAAAGUGUAUGAGCUGUUGAAGGAACAGGCCACCGUGGAGAAGUUCGACCUGGGAAGAAUGAGAGAGAUCAUAUUGAAUGCUAAGAAGAGACUGCUGCUCGCAGCUGAGAAGUCUGCGGACAUCUUGAGCGAUGCAGUGAUCACAGACUUCUUGUAUGGUGACCUGGAAGGAAAGGCCUUGACGAAGAACAUCAGCAGCUUGGAUGACUACAGAACAAUCCUAGAGUGGGAUCUUGAGAAGUGGGUCUUCUUCUUCAACUACUACUUGGUUGAGAACAAAGCUGCGGUCAUCAUUGCCAAACCUUCGAAGGUGCUAUACAAGUCCUUGAAAGACUCGAACAAGAAACUCAUUGAGGAGCGUAAGGAGAAGCUUGGUGAAGAAGGACUGAGAAAGUUGGAGCAGAAGCUCCAAGAUGCCCAGGCUAAGAACGAUACGCCAAUUCCUGAGUCGAUCUUGAAUGCGUUUGAGAAGCCAGAUCCAGCACGGAUCAAGUUCAUCAACACCACCACAGUUGGGCUUGGGUUGAACCGUGACGUUGAGAAUGACUUGAGUGAUGAAAACACCCAGAAGAUACUUAAUGACACUCCUGCAGACCUUCCUCUCUACAUCAAUGUCGACCAAUUCAAGUCCGAAUUCAUCUCAAUCAAUGUUCUGAUGUCCUCGCGUGAGAUUCCAGAACGUCUGUUGCCAUACUUUGACAUCUUUGUUGAGAUAUUCUCUUUGCCUAUGCUCGUCAAUGGUGAGACGAUCCCAUACGAGGAAGUUGUCAAGGGUCUCCAGAAUGACCUUGUUGACCACUCGUUAGAUGGUUCCUUCAAGAACCAGUUCUCCGAGGUCAUCAAUGCCUCUGUCCAGGUUAACAAGGAGAACUAUGCUAAGGCCAUUGAAUGGCUGAGAAAGAUCUUCUGGAAUACCGUCUUCGAUGAAACUAGAAUCAAAGUUACCAUCGAUAAGCUGAUCAACUCGCUGCCGUCUUAUAAGAGAAGUGGCGAAACCUUGCUCAACUCGAUCAACACCAAGUAUUGUCUCUCUAAGAGGUCUCUCAAAGCUUCAAGAGAUACGCUUUCGAAUGAGGAGUUCUAUAGAUCGCUCUCAUCGAAAAUCGCAGACGGUGAGUUUGCCUCGAUCCAAAGGGACUUGGAAACCAUCAGAGAAUGUCUUUUCAAAGCAAACAACUUCCGUGUCAUCCUUGCUGGAGACUUGUCAUCUCUUGAGCAUCCAAUACAGGCCUGGAAGGAAUUCCUUCCUGCUUCCAAGCUUACAAAGGAACCAUUGUUACCUGUGCCACGUACGUUCGAAGUACGCACGCAUGUUGGCGAGAAGUUGUCCAAGAAGGCAUACAUCAUUACAGCACCGGCCUCAGAGUCAACCUUCCUACUGGCCUCAACUAACAUUCCAACAGACUACAACGACGAAGAUAUGGCAGCACUGGCACUCACAUCGUCGUACUUGCAGGCUGUCGAGGGCCCAUUCUGGAGAGGUAUCAGAGGCACUGGUCUUGCAUACGGUGCCAAUGUAGGUAGAAGCGUCGAGUCUGGACAAUUGUCAUUUGACGUUUAUAGAGGUGCUAACGCUGUUGAGGCCUUCCAAGUGGCUAAGAAGAUUGUUGUCGACCUCGCCAGUGGUGAAACUGAGAUUGACAACACUCUCUUUGAAGGAGCCAUGAGUACGCUGGUGAAUACCAUUGCAAGCAGCGAAGGCAACUUCUUCUCGUCAGCCGGAGCGAAGUACAUGGACAAUGUCUUGAAGAAGAGAGGUCCUCAUUUCAACACCAAGUUUAUCAAACAGCUGAAGCAAGUUACUAAACAGGACAUGGUUAACAUCUUACAGAAGUACUAUGUAAAGAUCUUUGACAGUGAGACGUCUUCAGUGUUCGCAUGUACGCACACUUCUAAAGGGGAGGAGUUGAAGGCGUUCCUCUCCAGUGAAGGAUACGAGGUCAAUGUUGAGGAGGUGGCCAUUCAUGGUGAUGAAGAAGAUGAUGAAGAUGGCGAAGAUGAGGACGAUGACUCUGAAGAGGAAACAGGCAGCGAAUCUGAGAGCUACGAUGAGAGUGACAGCGAGUAG